AUGGCAAACGAUGAAGACUCAUAUGAUUAUCUAUUUAAAAUCGUAUUAAUAGGAGAUUCAGGUGUGGGGAAGAGUAAUCUGCUCUCUCGAUACACCCGCAAUCAAUUUAACCUGGAGAGCAAAACGACAAUCGGUGUAGAAUUCGCAACUAGGAGUGUUAAGAUAGGUGAUAAAGGAAUAAAGGUCCAAAUUUGGGAUACAGCCGGUCAGGAAAGAUACAGGGCAAUAACGUCAGCAUAUUAUCGUGGCGCUGUUGGAGCCCUUCUUGUAUACGAUAUAGCUAAGUAUACUACUUUUGAAAAUGUGAACAUAUGGUUGAAAGAACUUAAACAUCAUGCCGAUCAAAACAUUGUUACGAUAUUAGUCGGUAAUAAAUGCGAUUUGCGCCAUCUGCGUACCGUUUCCACACAAGAGGCCAAGCAAUUUGCCGAAGGUGCUGGUCUUCAUUUUACUGAAACAUCGGCCUUAGAUUCAACUAAUGUCGACCACGCUUUUUACACCCUUCUUGAAAAAAUUCUUGAAAUUGUUGGAACGUCCUCGGCGAAUUCCGAUCAUACCCUUCCGUUGGGUAGUAGGCCUACUAUUCCUCUUCAACAGGAUAACAAGGAACCUAAAAAGGCAUGUUGUUCUGGAUUUUAG